AUGCAGCCGUUCAGCAUCCCCGUUCGAAUUACACUCCAGGGUGGCCGGCGGCGCCAGGGCAGGACAGCCUUUUCUGCCUCAGGGAGGAAUAGAAACAUAGACCACAAUGAUGGAGACCUCCCAGAUGUGCACAAGAAGCUGCCAUCCAGUGCUGGAGAGGACCGAGCCGUGCUGCUAGGGUUUGCAAUGAUGGGCUUCUCGGUCCUCAUGUUCUUCUUGUUUGGAAUAACCAUUCUAAAGCCUUUCUUGCUCAGCACUCAGAGAGAAGAAUCAAACUGUACUAUCAUCCACGCUCAUAUCAUGGAUGACUGGAUGGACUGUGCUUUCACCUGUGGUGUGGACUGCCGAGGGCAGGGCAAGUACCCAUGUCUUCAGGUGUUUGUGAACCUCACCCAUUCAGGUCAGAAAGCUCUCCUACGUUAUAAUGAAGAGGCUGUCCAGAUAAAUUCCAAGCGUGAUGUUACAGACUGCAAAGUUAAAAGAAAAGCAGACAUUGACAGUUUCUGAUGAGCACAAACAGUAAGUGCAGUCACAGGCCAAACUUCUUGCUAGGAACAGCAAGACUGGGAAGAGGUCUUAAAUUUAGUGACACUAUUAUUCUAUAUUCUCAGUACAGUAACACAUGCAUCUUGCUGUGUCAAAUACUUUUUUGGGCCAUCAUUAAAAGAACAUUUAAAAACAUUCUUCUCCUAAUGAAUGCAUUAUACCAUAGGACUUCAAUUCACUGAAUGACAAAAUAUAGAGAAAUAGAUUUGGUACAAUAAAAGGGGCCAAAAAAGGGUGGUGGGGGCUUCUCCCAGAACAAAGUCAACAUUUGAUGUGUUAGUAGUCUUCUUUUGGUAGUGCCACAUUCCCCAAAAUAUUAAAGUGCUCUGUUCCAAAAGGAUAUAUUUAGAUUUUAUUCAACCCAAUUAAGCCCAAGGACUAAGUCACAUUGAAACUAUUAAUUGUAUUCGAAACUUAGGUUCCACAGCCAAAAACAUUUCUAGAAACCACAUGAAGUUCAAGCUCUCCAACCACUCUUUGGAACAUAGCCAAAAACAUUUCUAGAAACCACAUGAAGUUCAAGCUCUCCAACCACUCUUUGGAACAAAAAUUAAAACUGAUAAGGGGCUUUUUCUUAUGAAAUUGGUAGAUCAUGAUGACUACAUUUGGAAAUUCAUACUAGAAUGAAGAAGUUUAGUCUUAUUAAAGAUACUUCGAGAAAAUAUAAAACAAUGAAACUUUUCUGCCUCCUUGUUUACCUAAAAGGAGGAACAAAAAUAAGAAUCACCUAAAAAUAUGCAUGGCUCUUAGCAUAACCACAAAAUUAUUGUAGUGACAGAUUAAACAAGGUUUCAGAUAGAUUUAUAGACUUAAUUGGCUUACAAAAUGCAUUAAAAAACCUUUCCAUACUUACCAACAUGAAGAAUGGUGUCUACUGUUGGUCUACUGUUGGUAGUGAAAAUCAGUUACCUAAACUACCUAAACGUACAAUAGACUGAUUCCCACCCCUCCAACCCCCCCAACCCGCCCACUAAAACUCAUUAUGUAGUUGUGUAAAAAUUAAGUCAGAAAAUUUCCUUAUGGCUCAUAACUGUCAUUUUAUGCUAACUAGCAUGACUGUAAUAUUAACAUGUCUAAAACUAAGGAAAAGGAAUGGUGCUUCAUGAAUAAAAAGGAAGUGUGAAACUUUUAUCAGUGGAAUACUUGGACGAAAUAAGCUUAUUUAAAAACUAACAUCCCAACUUGGGAAACUCCUAAUAGAUUCUAAACACUUCUAAACUUUAGAACCUGAUGUUUACACCUUUUAUAAAAGAUGCCUCUUGACUAGGGCUAGCAAGCAGUGUGUACACAAGUAGAAAUGUGUGCAAAUAUACACACACCAAUUUCACUAAUAAGAAAAGAGAACAACUAAUUUUGAAUGCCAAAUUCAAGAAUCCAGUACCAUAAGCCUCCUGGAGCUAUAGUCUUUUCCAUGGCUGGAGUAAUGAUUACAUUUUAACCGAAAAUUUUUCUCAAGUCUCCAAUGCCAUUAAAAAUAUGGAUGCCAACUCUUGACUUUUUAUAAAUCUAAACUACAGUGCUCUGGAAAUUUCUGUAACAUCAGAGCCUUAAGUAUUGAAUUGUGACUCAUUUAUUAUUAUUAUUUUUUUCUUAUUAACCCUCUGAGGUAGUUACCAAACCAAUUUCUUCAGGACCAUAGUUAUCUUGAGCUAAACCCCACGAUCUUUUCAGAAAGUGAAAGUAACUUUUGAAAGAAAAGAAAAAAAGGCUUCCCAGGCCACGGAACAUAAGAUACACUUAUAAUUUUAAUGUAAUAAUUAAAAAAUAAAAAUGGUUUGGGUUUAUAUUUUAAAAAACAGCCCAGCUGUAUUACUCUGUCACCAAGAAUUGUUAUUUGAAGAUCCCGUCAGUGCUGAGUUUUAUAGGUCAGCCUUGAUGAAGAGUUAGUUCCCUCAUGGUAUGCAAAUAUACUCUCAACUUUCUGCCUUCUCUUAGAAGGCUCCAUCUAAGACUUCCCUUAGAAGUGCCUCUUCUGAGCAGGAUGGAUACGAAGAAUGUGAUUCAUUCAAAUAACUCCUCCCUGUUCUACCCUCUCCUUCAACAUUCCCCUCUUCUCAGAAACAUCUGAAGUAUGAAAGUUGUUUUUAAAUAGCAGAAGCACCAAAAUCCAUUAACACCACAUAUAGUCUUUAAACUGAAAUAUUUUAGUGAUGUCUUGGACAUCAAAUUGAUUUUUUAAGGUGGAUUCUGAGUGUGUGGGUCCAGCCCAGGUCCGCAGUUUGUGCAGACAUAGAAACAAAAGAAAGUUAAAACAUUCAGAAAAAGUUAACCGCUCGCUUUUAAAAUAAUGCUGGAAAUCAAAUUUUUUCAAAGAAUUGGCAAGCAUGGGCUAUUGGUCAGAAUAUGAAUUAGAUGGAUUUACAAAAUCAUUAAGAAACAAAUCCAAGUUUAUGUGCUGUGAAAUUUCCAUGGUUCUUUUAAAAUAGAUAGGCUGCUCAUAAUUUUUUUAUAAUGCUAAAUCACUCAAUUUUUGAUGGAAAAAGAAUACAGAUGGACUGUGUUUUACCUAUAUGAAAAUCACCAAUCCAUUGAAAAUAAAAUCCAAGAGGGUAUAUACAUUCUAAUCAAGUCAUUGAUUAUUUUCCUGAUUAAUAAGAACUACACUUUACACAAAAUACUUUGUCAGCAGCUGUUUUCAUCAAAAAAACCAAUAUUCAUAGUUUCACAGUUGAAAAAAUUACACAUUAAAAUAUUUUACAAUUCAUUGUAUAUUCACCAGGUUCCCAUUUCCUAAUAUAAAGCAGAUUAGAAGGGAAAACCUCAAAGUUGAUUACUUUGACAGUGAGUUUUACAGAGGACACUAAGAACCACAAAAAGCUUAGGUUCUAUCAUAAAAUAGUGACCAAAUUCCAUUCUUCUUUAAAAAAUCCAAUUAAAAACAUCUUUUUUAAAAACCAAAUUCUACAAUAUGAUUAGAUUUCAAAUUAACAGCAGUCUAAAAAUCUUCAAAAUAAAUGAUUUUGUAUACUGAGAAUAUGAUAAAAAGUUAAAACAUGAUUUUCAGAUUAUAUCUUACUAGAAUAUGUUUAAAAUUAGGUUUUAUUUUCUUUAAACCUGCUUCCCCCCCCACCCCCAAAAUAGUCAUUGAAGGAACUGUUUCUCAAGUGACCAAAUGAAACUGUAAAGUCAAUAGUUAGAUAUACCACAUUCAAUGACAAGGAUGGCUGGCCACAGGAAUUGACCAAUCCAUGGGAAGUGAUCGGACACUGAAGUACCUGGAAAUGGCUUACCACUGACUUGACAGCCUAGUCACCCCAUGUAGCAUUCAAUUCAAUUUUUGGUUCUUUGCCUUCUGAGCACUACCUGACCCUUUUUUCUUAUUUUCAAUGUUGUUUGCUUUAACUCUGCUUGGACUCAUUAAAAAUUUGCUUUGCUUUUAGCUAGAUCGCUUAACCUACAUUCUUUGUAAAAUUUGUCUACACUUCUUCAAACAGAAUUAACUUGGUUGCAAUAACUGAAAAUAAAUGUAAAUGAUGAAAUAAGCUCUGUGGCUGUGUUUUAAUGGAGAGGUCCCAGGGGAAGGGGACUAGCUGGACUGAUGUGAGACAUGCAAAAAUUAUGUAAAGUUUAUGCAAGGAAGCUCAAAGCUUUUUGGCACUCAGGUAAAACGCUGUUCUGUUAAAUCUUCAGUUUCCACCAUCAGAGUUUCAGAUUUGUACCAUUUCAUUGAAUUUUCCUGUAAUUAAUCCCUGAUACAGAAAAGACGGGGAAGUUAGUAUGUAUUAACUGAAUAUAUAUAAAAGGCACAAAAUGUUAAAGAAGUUUUAAUAAGUUAUGAAAUCUACAUCUGCAAAAGAAUCUAUUUGGCUUCCUGCUUAAAAUGGGAGUUUAAAUUCUUCUUAACUAUUCCAAGACAGUUUACAGAAAUAAGUUCCCCUAAAUCUUCAAAUUUAUUUUUCUUGUUGGCAAUAUUAUAUACAUGCUUUAGUGAAGUACCUAAGUCUCCAAUAAUUAGGCCCUUUAAGGGCUCUAAAAUAGCCAAAUAUUAAGAGUAUUUGAAUUAGAGUCCCUUGUUUACUAUUCAAGACUUCUAUUACAGGUAACUGAUUUCAUAAAUGAGUAUCAUUUAAGUGAUGUUGUUUUACUAGAGUAUAUAAUGCACACUUUUUAUAAAGUUGUAUGCCAAUAAUAUGCCUAAUCUAGAAAACUGUCAGUAAAUUAUUGCACUUUUUCUGGUGUGGCACCUGGACAUUUGCUAAAGCUAUUUCCUAGGGCAUUAAUCAUUCAUUUCAAAUACUGAGUAAAAUAUCAGAUUCUAGAGUGAUGACUAGCAUUAGCCCCUACACCUUGGGUUAAUGUUUCCCAAGUGUUUAAGAAUGUAUCCUGCACUCAAAUGCAAUUUAUAAAGUUGGACAGUGAGCCCUAAUUGCGUGGAGAUGGGACAUGAUCUUAAAAUGGUUUAAGGUCCUACU